AGGAGGGAGCUCAAAAUCGAAAGUACAGCUCGCUCACGGCUUUCGCGCCGCGCGACGUUUAGUCCAUCUCGGUGUUUCGAUCUAAUGUAAACCGGCAAUCUUCCUCCCGACCUCUCUACUACACUAACACUUUCUAUUUACGUGAUUUCUCCUCGGUUCUCUCGGAUCUUGUCGCGUGUAGUCUCGAAACACCAAGUCUCUUCGCGACGCGAAACGCUCAAGAACUCCCGCGAACGAACAUUCUUCAUCCUUUCCUUUUCUCCUCUGCGAUCUGGCAACUGGCUACAUACAAAUAAUACAUAGAAAGGCCCGCUUCUGAUUGUAAAAGAAAGAACAAAUUGGGAAAUAUUUUUAUAGUUCGAUAUCGCGCCUCGAUUUCGAAAGAAAGUUGAAAUGAAGAACAAUUAGAUCGACAAAUGUGUGUGAAAAAUGUGAUGUUCAAUUGGGAAAUCUUUUGCAUAAAUAAGUUCGUAAGAAAUUUAAUAACAGUUCAAAAAUAAACUGUCCGACCAACUGGAAAUUUUCCGAUAAUUCAUUAAGAGAUUAAUUCCUUUGUUGACAGCAAAAAUAAAUUUCCUCGCGAAUUCAGAUAUAUGUAACUAUAAAUUGAUUUUACGGAUUUUAUAAAUCUUAUAAUUACUUGAUAAUUUUAUUUUCGCUUUUAAUAAUACCAUAUAUCAAACUAAUCGACGAACUAGAAAAGCCACGAAAUUGGUAAUUUUCUACUCGAGCAAUUUUACAAUCCCAAGAGAUAAUCCAUGAGAAUGAUUUUAACAAGUAGUUUCUUUCUGAAGGAAAGAAAAAACUAAAUAAUUGAGGUCAAACAAGUAAAUCAGUUGGAAAAUAUCAAAACAUUAACACAAAAGAAACGAAGAAUAAAUGGCAAACAUUGCUUGCGUGCAAAAGCAUAAAGUUAGCAUAACAACAUGAAAAAUUACAGCUACUACUUCCUUAUCUGAUGAAUAACAAAAAGGCGUUAAACAUUGGAACGUAAGCAUUCCUGUAACAAUUCGAAUUCCACUUGAAUCAAAUUGAAUCCCUUAGGACGCUUCAAUCCGACCUGAAGAAAUCGUUUUGCUAAAAAAAGUUUUUCUUUUUAUUAAAAAUUGAUCGACUAUCCGCCAAGUAGAAAGUAUCGAGAGGAUCGUCGUUCGCUUUUGCUGAAAGCACCUACAAUCUCUAAUCAGAAGGUUAUUCUCGUCGCAUCAACUCCGUCGUUUCUUCGACAUGCAAGAGAAUCGGCAUGCGUGAAGAUAAGAAAGUCGAACCAGAAAUGCCAGCAGAAAUGGCAACUUCUGAAUGCGUGGAGAACGGAAAGAGGAACGAUGACAAAACGUCAGUCACAGUCGAGGAAGUAUGCAUUUCCAAACUUCGACAAGCAGUACCACAAUGUUGUGCAGUCGGCGCUAAAAACUUACUCUUGACUACUUUCGGUACAAGCUUGGGAUUCUCAACUAUCCUUAUCCCAGCAUUACAGAGAAAAGAUGCAGACAUCCAAGUCACGAUGGAAGAACUAACAUGGAUCAGCAGCCUGAAUUUAUUUCUCGUGCCGUUUGGCUGUUUGGUGAGCGGACCGCUGUCGCAGUAUCUGGGUAGAAAACGAACGAUGAUGUUGGCGAAUAUACCGUUCGUGAUGGCCUGGUUGAUAUUUCACUACGCGACCAAUCCCGCGAUGUUGCUCACGGCACUCGCGAUGACAGGUCUGACGGGCGGCCUCCUCGAGGGGCCGGUUAUAACUUACGUCGCCGAAGUGACGCAACCGUACCUGCGCGGAAUGCUCUCCGCGACCUCCUCUUUGGCGGUGAUCCUGGGUAUCUUUACGCAAAUGCUCAGCGGCAGUUUGGUCCACUGGAGAACGGUGGUGUUGAUCAAUCUGUCCUAUCCGAUUCUUUGUUUCCUCGCUUUGUGCUUGGUACCCGAGAGCCCGCACUGGCUCGCCGUUAAGGGUCGCUUCAAGGAAUCGGAACGCGCUCUCUGCUGGCUACGAGGCUGGGUAGGCCCGUCACAAGUGGAAAAUGAAUUCAAAACGCUCUGCGAGGCGAUUCAGAAGCCAGCCGACAACACCAAUUCCGACAAGAAGGAGCUCUGGCGGUGUUACGCCAAGCGGACCUUCUACAAGCCUUUCUUUCUGGUCAGCGCGGCCUUCUUCAUCGGCCACUUCGGCGGCUGCACGACCCUGCAGACUUUUGCCGUUAUGAUAUUCGAAAGGCUGAAGGCGCCGAUCGACAAGUACAUGGCCACCGUGUUCCUGGGCGUCGCUCAGUUGAUCGGCAUCAUAAUCUGCGUGCUGACGAUCCACCUGAUGGGAAAACGCAAGCUGUCCUUCCUGUCGGUCGGUGGUACCGGUUCGUGUUUCCUCAUCACCGCUAUCUACGGUUACCUGAACGACGCGGAAUACGUGGACGGUGCCAAAUACACCUGGAUACCCACCACUCUAAUGAUAGGCGCUGCUUUCACGGGGAACAUCGCCAUCAGGACGUUGCCCUGGAUCCUCGCGGGCGAGGUAUUUCCGGUAGAGGUACGCAGCGGGGCGACCGGCGCGGCCGGUAUGAUUGGCUACAUCUUGGCGUCGAUUUCCAAUAAAACGUUCCUCUACAUGGUAAACGGCAUGACUUUGCCCGGCACGUUUUUCUUCUACUCUCUGAUCAACUUCGUCGGUUUGGGGCUGCUGUACGUGAUACUGCCCGAAACCGAGGGUAGAACGUUGCGGGAGAUCGAGGAGCAUUAUGCCGGCAUACAGAACCUGAAGAAUCGCCCGAAAAAAGAGGAACAGGUCACCAAAGAGAAAUGGGCGGUGGAAAAUCCGGCAAUCGUAUACGACGAGAAUCUCGAAAGUAAAUUAUAGUUAAUUAUAAUUAUAAAUCGGCGAUAAAUCGCCGCAUGAUUAUUUAUAGCACCCGGAUGUUUUCAAGAAAAAAAUUAUCUCAGAUAUCUCGUUAUAUUAUAUAUUAUAUAUUAAAAAGGGAAAAAUUAGAA